GCGCAGUCUUUCGCCUUUACGGCAGAACGUGGUGGAGGUCAGAUAUGUUCCUUGCUGUCGGUUUUGAAACAUCUCUGGAGAUAACUGCAUUCCCCGCGUGUUUGUUUGUUUUUGAGUCAUUUGAAGGACAUUAACAUAUAGUAAAUCGUCUGUUCUUGAUCAGGAGAUUUGCUGGUAGACCUAUAACCUUUCGGUUAACUAAAAUUAGCAGUGUGGUAACAGCUAGCUUUCAAGCCUAGCUAGCUAACUCACCAUUAAACAUGGAUAACAACUCGUCCGGUAAAGGAGGAUUCGGUGGAAUGGGUGGCAUGUUUGGUGGAGGAGCUCCUGAAUAUUCAAAUACAGAACUCGCUGGAGUGCCUUUGACUGGCAUGAGCCCCCUCUCGCCUUAUCUCAAUGUGGACCCCCGUUACCUGGCGCAGGACUCAGAUGAAUUCAUACUGCCUAUGGGGGCGAGCAAAACUCGUGGUCGUUUCGAACUGGCUUUCUUCACUAUCGGCGGAUGCUGCAUGACUGGUUGCGCAUUCGGAGUAGUCAAUGGUCUCCGCAUGGGUAUAACCGAGACCAGAGAUAUGCCCUGGUCCAAACCACGAAAUGUACAGAUCCUGAACUUGAUCACAAGACAGGGAGCAUCAUGGGCAAACACACUUGGCUCUGUGGCCUUGCUGUAUAGUGUGUUUGGCGUGGCCAUUGAAAAGGUCCGAGGAGCUGAAGAUGACAUCAACACACUAGCUGCUGGCACUCUCUCAGGAAUGCUGUAUAAAUCCACAAGCGGUCUCAAAGGUGUUGCCAGAGGAGGCCUCGCAGGCCUGGCUUUGACAGGUCUCUACGCUUUGUACAACAACUGGGAUCACCUGAAGGGCUCAUCCCCUUCACGCUAUUGACCUUCACCCCCAGAGGACACUGGGUUACUAGAGGAAUGACUGGCAGGGGGGUGGCCAAGUCACUGACUUUUAAAAUGGGACUCCAUCCUGGCACCCCCCCCCCACACACACACACACCCAAAUACCCAUCCCUUCUCCCUCUCCCUUUUCACUCACCCCACCGAGGUGGUCAGGCUCGUUCACCGGGACCAGAAGAUCUCUGUUUAGGUUUUACUCAACAUAUUUAUUAUUCAGGCAAAUCAUGCCUAAGGUGAAACGCUGUGGUGAUGUUUUUUGUUUUCUUUCCUGAGGCCAAACAAGAAGAAGAAGAAUGUAGACAUUUAAGGGUGAUCUCUGAAGAUCAAAGGCACUUUCAUAGUCCCGACGUGUCCCAUGUCAAACGUACUUGUGCCGUACAAUCCUCUCCAAUCAGUGUUCACAUGAAGGUCAUACUCUCUACAUCAGUUCUGGCAGAGGUCGUGUCAGAGUUCUAGAACUCUCUAUUCUCAGACGACCAAAGGACCUCACUCCGUCAACGGUCUAAUAUGUAGUGAAGGCCUUUGUGUCGUCAGGACUGUUGGUGUACAUGUGUGUCAUGAAAUGAAGGCUUGUUUGAAUCUCAGCGUGAAGACGUGCCCUUGUGGCUAGUCGUGUCCUUGUUGGCCAUCGAAAGGCUCUAUCCAUAAAUAAAAAGGUUAAAACUA